UCUCAACACUUUCCAUUCCCAGGUCUGGUUCCAGCUCCUGCAUUGCAGACUGCAUUGGGUGAUUCUUGAUGCCAGAAAACUUGCACUAAGAAUUCUUCAGUUCAUAUUCAAUGAUACCUUCAUACUACCUAUAAACCCAAAAGGAAAAGAUGGGAGAGAUCUUCAGACAAUACUUCAAUCAAACAGUGUUGACAAAGUAGAUGCAGUUAAAGAAAAGAUAGAUCAACUCAAAAAGUUCUGGAAGGAUUAUUCUUCUAUCCGGAAUGAACCAAUAGAUUUAGAUUUUUACACAAGUGAAGACCACAAUCCACAGCGGGUGAUCAUAGAUGGAGGCAAUGUGGCUAAGACUCAUGGCCUUGACAUAGUCUACUCAUGGCGUGGCAUCUUCCUGGCAGUUCAGCACUUCUGCGGAAAAGGUCAUCAUGACAUUAAAGUUUAUGUGUCAACCUGGAGGAAAUUCUCCAAGUACACAAUGGACGAAUAUAAACUUCAAGACCGUCUGAAAGAUUACUGCCAUAUUGUCUACGUUGAUUCUACAACUGACGAUGAUUGCCUUAUGCUUGAUGAUGCCAAAACCAAUAAUGGAUGGAUUGUGACAAACGAUGAAUUCAGAAAUUAUAAACAACAAAGGAAGGAUAUGAAAAACAGGUUCAUUCGCUACGAGUUUGUCAGAAAUCAAUUUGUGAUUACAAAUAUGGAUUCUGGCAGCAGUGUUCCUCGACACGCUCUAAUCCUGGCUCCACACCACACUCGAGUUCAGGCUCCUCGACACUCUGCAGUCCCUGCCUUGGCGCUCUCAAGCGGAUUUCAAGGAAACCACAUCCAGGUGCCUCCAAAUUCAUGUCAGGCUCUUGACUACAGUGACACUGAUGAACAAGUAGUGUUUGAUCAUGAUGCAUGGCUUAUCGACACACAAUCUACCAAGGAGGCUGUUGACACCAUUGAUACUGACGCAACAAUAGUGCACAACCAAACAGAAUGGAGCAUGCCCACACAUUCCACUGAGAUCCAUCAAGAUCCUCAAAUUCCUCCAGCAUCCAGCAAGGUGUAUAACUAUGGAAAAGCGAUUGUCCAAGAUCCUGAGGACAAGCUUGUGCAGGAACCAGCACCCUAAGCAGACUCAAUGGCUGAACAUCUAUUCAUAUUAUCAUUGCAUAUUGUCUCAUAUAAUUCAUAUACAGUAUGUGAUGGCACUAUUUACUCCACUAUUAUUCCUUGUAGCCAACAUGUAUGAUCUCUCUGCUUAACUGAAAAUGCCUUUGUCGUUAGGGAUAAAUCCUAAAAAUGGGGGAACUGUGGGAACAUUUCCAGUAAUUAGACUACACUUUAGUUGUUAAAUGUCUACUCAGGUUGUUGUUGUCCAACUGGCUACACUAUAAAGAAAUGAGACAUUUCAAGGAUGAUUUCAGUUAUUUUGGGAGUAAUAUGUUUUUUCUUUAUCAUGAUAGCUGUUUUAUUUUGAUUUUAUGCACUCCAUCAAGAAUAUCUUUAUCCUGUUUUAGUCCUAUAAGUAAUGGUAGGACUCCGUCUACGACAAACUUGUUACUCUCAUGCUCACUAGGAUGCUUGUGUGUUCGUAACCUGCCUCCGGCGUCAUGGAUAAAGCUCUGUACUCUGCCUUAUGGUCGGCUUGCCUGUUUCCCAAAUUGACCUUUGACCUUUAUUUUAGGGUACUGUCAUGUAUAACUGACUAACAUUUUCAAAAUGUCUCAAUGUAAAAAACAAUGAAUUAAUGAUAAAUGGAUUCAUUUUCCAUUGACAUAUUUAACUGAAAAUCAAUCAAAACUGGGAAUUUUUUUUUUUCAGGAUCUUUCUGAUGAAAUGAUGAAAAAAAUA